AUGUUCAGUUUCAAUAAGGCUUCAUCUGCAGGCGCCAGUUCCACGACCUCAGGUGGAUUGUUCGGGCAGAAGCCGAAUAAUGCUGGGGGUGGAUUCAGCUUCGGACAAACGAGUGGUGCUGGUGGUAAUGCUACUGGAGGAGGUAGUGGAUUUUCGUUUGGCGGCCAGGCCGCGCAGAGUGGCGAUUCGAAAGGCGGUUUGUUUGGCAACAAGCCGGCUGGCGGCACGGCGAGCGGGACGGGGUUUUCGUUUGGACAGCAGCAGCAACCACAACAGCCUGGCGGCACCACCGUUGGUGGUUUGUUUGGUAGCAAGCCGGUAGGCAGCGCAACCGGGACGGGGAUCUCGUUUGGGCAGCAGUCGCAAUCACAGCAGCCCGCUGGCACCGCCGGGCUGUUUGGAAAUAGUGGCACAAACACCGGGACUGGGAGUCUGUUUGGGUCCAGCAACUCAGGCACCACAGGCACCACGGGAGCAGGCGGAAGCCUCUUCGGAAAGACAGGUACCACGGCGGGAAGCACGGGCGGAGGUCUGUUUGGCUCUAAGCCUGCUGGCGGUAGUUCCCUUUUUGGCAGCAGCAGCGGCACAGGCGGGGGUCUCUUCGGAUCAAAAGCGGCCGGCACUUCGCUGUUCGGAACUAGCGGUACCUCAAAUGCCAGUGGAUCGCUCUUUGGUGCCCAACAACCGCAGCAAUAUCAACAGCCAUCCACUCUACAAGCGAUCAGCCAGCUACCAAUAACACCCAUGACAAAGAUAAGCGAAUUGCCACCGCAGUUGCGCCAAGAGAUAGAGCAGUUGGAUCAAUAUAUUCAAAGACAGGUUCAAAUCUCCCAGCAUCUCAAAGCGGACACCCCGGAGCAUACCGAAUUGAUCAAUUCCAUUCCACGCGAUAUCGCUUAUCUGCUCAAAACUGUAUCCUCGGCCAGUGAAUCUCUCACGCAAGAUUUGAAGAAACUCACCUCCAUCAAAGACAUAACGGAUCAAAGUAUAGCGGAUACGCAAACUUUUGCCAUGAUCCUACAGCAGCUGCUGACACCGGGCAGCAAGAUAUCCUCCAUGGAGCUCGAGAAGUUCUUCCAUCACAGAAUCCAAGUCUACCAGGAGAAGCUAGAUGACUAUUUCCGCGUUCUCUCAGACAUCGAAAGCGCAGUGAACGGGAUCGACAAUGACGUUUUCGGUGCGCCUCCCGAUGCCAAGGGCUUCAGCAAAAACAACGAGUCUUCUGGGCACGUUGAUGUGUAUGCCAUGAAGACGGGGAUCAAUGCAUUAAUCUCUACAGUAAUUGAGGAGUUCAGUCUAUUCAUGGAUACAGCCGAGAGAGUGGCCCAGAUACAUCAAAAGGUAAAAGAGAUCUGCGUUAAUAGAUCCGAGGUGCAAAGCUAA